ACGACGGGAACUCCCUUGCCCCUUCUCAACGUUCAUUUAUUUGUUCACAAAUAUUUGAGCACCUUUCACAUGCUAGGCCUAUCCAGGUGCUGGAGGAUACAGUAGUGAACAAACCCCAAAUCCCUACCUUCAUAAAGUUUACUGUUCUAGUGGGAGUGUCAAUGAAGAAAUGAAUAAAUGAAACACAUAGCAAGUUAUUAGUCCUGAGGGAAAAAACGACGCAGGAAGGGGAAUAGUGCUGUUUUACCUAGGGUGUUUUGGGAAGUGCUGUGAUGUAAAGCACUGCUUGCUUUAUGCCGGGCAUAAGACGGACUGCCAAGGCUCCCAGUGACGUCGACUAGCUCUGUGAUGCAGUCAGGGCGUUCCGUAGAGACCGUGGCCUCCUCUAUGAAGUCAACAGCUGGGUCCAGAUACUGGGCAGAGGGUAGGGGCAGACCGCAAGGCCCGCCGGCUGCACGCAGCGUCCGUGGGGACCGGGCGGUGCGCACCGGCUGAAGGAGGGCCGAGGGCCUUGCUGGCUGCGGCGUCGACUUGGGCGUCCGUGAGGGGACAGCCUGGGGUCAGGAUGCGGCGGAGCCCACGCCCGGGCUCGGCUGCAUCCCCGCACAAGCACACGCCCAACUUCUACAGCGACAACAGCAACAGCUCUGUGAGCGUCACCUCGGGGGACAGCUGCGGGCACCGGUCAGCUGGGCCGGGACCCGGGGAGCCCGAGGGCAGGAGAGCCCGGGGCUCGAGCUGUGGUGAGCCCGCCUUGAGCGCUGGAGUGCCCGGAGGAACCACAUGGGCUGGAAGCUCUCGGCUGAAGCCGGCGCCUCGGAGCCACAAUGCGCAGACCGCCUGUGGCGCGGCAACCGUGAGGGGCGGGGCCUCGGAACCGGCUGGCCCUCCCAUAGUCUCUGAGGAGCAGCUCGACCUUCUCUCGACUCUGGAUCUGAGGCAGGAGAUGCCUCCCCCGCGAGUGUCCAAGAGCUUCCUAAGCUUACUCUUCCAGGUGCUGAGUGUGUUGUUAACCCUGGUAGGAGACGUGCUGGUCAGUGUGUACAGGGAGGUUUGUUCCAUCCGCUUCCUGCUCACGGCUGUGUCACUGCUGAGCCUCUUUCUGGCAGGACUCUGGUUGGGGCUCCUGUACCUGGCCCCUCCACUGGAGAAUGAACCUAAGGAGAUGCUGACUCUAAGAGAAUACCAUGCACAGGUGCACUCCCAGGGGCAGCAGCUGCAGCAGCUCCAGGCUGAGUUGGUUAAACUCCACAAGGAGGUGUCCAAUGUUCGCGCAGCCAACAGCGAGAGAGUGGCCAAGCUCGUAUUCCAGAGGCUGAAUGAGGACUUUGUGCGGAAACCCGACUAUGCGCUGAGCUCUGUGGGAGCCUCCAUCGACCUAGAGAAGACAUCCCACGACUAUGAAGAUAUGGACACAGCCUACUUCUGGAAUCGCUUCAGCUUCUGGAACUAUGCACGACCGCCCACGGUUAUUCUGGAGCCAGAUGUGUUCCCUGGGAAUUGCUGGGCUUUUGAGGGCGACAAGGGCCAGGUGGUGAUCCGGCUGCCGGGUCGCGUGCAGCUGAGCGACAUCACUCUGCAGCAUCCACCGCCCAGCGUGGCGCAUACUCGGGGAGCCAACAGUGCCCCCCGCGACUUCGCAGUCUAUGGCCUCCAGGUUGAUGACGAGACUGAAGUUUUCUUGGGCAAAUUCACCUUUGAUGUGGAGAAAUCUGAGAUUCAGACUUUCCACCUACAGAAUGAUCCCCCAGCUGCCUUUCCCAAGGUGAAGAUCCAGAUUCUAAGCAACUGGGGCCACCCUCGUUUCACGUGCUUGUAUCGAGUCCGAGCCCAUGGCAUUCGAACCUCAGAGGGGGCAGGAGAUAAUGCCAGAGGGGGGCCCUAUUAAACAUGCUGAUUGUUGGAGAGUG